AAGUCCCAAAAUGGAGCUCGGGAUCUUCCCCUGGCUGCUCUUGAACUGUAUAAAUGUGGAGGCAGAUGGAGUACAGGGUCACACAGCAGAGAGAACAGGCUGAUACAGCUCGACUGCUACACCACGAAGGGAACACACACACACACACACUUCAGGAUGGCUGCUCCUCGUCUCGCUCUGUCUGUGUUUCUGCUGAUGCUGGCUGUCAUCACUCUGAGUGAAGGUCUGCGUGGUCCUGGACCAAAGAGAUGCUGUUUUGGUUUCAAUGAGAAACCGAUACCUAAGGGCAGAGUUUUGGGCUACAUCAAGACCAGCCAGCGGUGCUCCAACCCUGCCGUCUUGCUGAAGACAGUGGCAGGUCGUCAGCUGUGUGCCAGACCUUCAGACGCUUGGGUAAAGGAGCUCAUCAGCUACCUGGACGGCAAAUCUGUCCCAGGAGAGACGUCCAACCUGUAACCGUGGCAACAGCGUAUCCACUGUCAGAGCCUCCAAUGAACAAAAUCGGGCCAGUUAAUGUGCCGUGACGCUUCAACUUUUCAAACUAUAACUUUCAAAGAAGCGUUGACUACAAAUAUGUUACUCCAGCAUAAGGUCUGCAGGGGGCGAUCAUAAGCUAAACAGCAGCGCUCUGUCUAUCUAUAUGCAAAAUAUAUGCCACACUUUGUGAUAUUUUGUAACAUAUUCAUGGAUAAAAUUUGCUGGGAUGAGACACAUUUUCAUACACGCCAUGUUAAAUUAUUUUCCUGCCAUACACAAGUAAAAAUGUAUGCAUUCUUUUAAUAUUGACAUUUACACCACAUGUUUUGCAUUUUCUACAUUUAUGUCUGACCGUCAACACUGUGAACUACUGCUGCGUUGUAAUUUGAAUUGACUUACAGAAACUACAUUCACUGUAAAAGAGCAAUGUCUCCCAACUCCACUUGGUGUCAUCAGUAGAGUAUAAGCUAUGGGUUACCUGACACACUGUAAGCUCUUUGUCUUGUUUCUAUAUAAACUGAAGCGAUGAUGUUUUUUUUCUAUUUACAGUCAUGUUUUGAACUCAGUUACUUGUAGGGAUAAGUAAUGCAAUGUGACAAAAAAAAAUAAUUUAUUUCUGUAUGCUUAUGCUACUAAUUUGAUUCUCUUGAAUUAAAGCAAGACAGUAUGUCAAAGUUUG